AUGAAUAGCGAGGAACAUUAUUAUGCCCCGGCUCAAAUGUAUAAAGAAUCAUGCGCUUAUCAGAGAUCACAAGCCCAGGAAUAUAAUCAAAGUCCACCAGCAUGUCUCUAUGUAGGGAGACAGCCACAGACUACAUAUUCCAAUCCUUCUUUGGCAGGACUUGAACAAGGGAGUCCCGCUGAUAUUUCUCCUUUCGAAGUACCUGCGAUAUCAGAGGAUCCUACAGUCUCGCAUCUUCACCACCCCCAGCAACAGCACCCUGACCCGCACACCCACCAAGGGGCUUGCUUCGGGACCGGCUCCGAAAUGGGUGCCCUGGACGAACACAGUAGAACUCAUCUGCCCUUCCCGUGGAUGAAAUCGACCAAGUCGCAUGCCCACGUCUGGAAAGGGCAAUGGCCGGGGAGUUCCUUCAUGGUGGAACAGGAAGAAAAUAAGCGCACGCGCACUGCCUACACUCGAGCUCAGUUGCUUGAGUUGGAGAAGGAAUUCCUUUUCAAUAAAUACAUCUCCAGACCCCGCAGAGUGGAGCUGGCUGUCAUGUUAAAUCUAACCGAGCGACACAUAAAGAUCUGGUUCCAAAACAGGAGGAUGAAGUGGAAAAAGGAAGAGGAUAAGAAGAGAGCCAGGAAUGGCGCUCCUGAACAGGACUCUGUGGUCUCCUCUGGCGACCUCAAGGAGGAUGUCUGUGUUCCGAAUAAUCUUAUUGGAAGAGAGCUGCUGUCUGUCAGUGUCUCCUCUUCACAACCCUCCUCUUCCUUAAGGAGCCAAGGUACGGCUGCUAGAGACUCCGUGAAAAAUUCCUAA